UUCUAGCCUGCGCUUUAUAGGCCUCUCUUGUACUUCCUGUUUCCUCUUUCACCAGGGACCCAUCAAGAUGGGCCGCGUUCGCACCAAGACCGUGAAGAAGGCGGCCCGGGUCAUCAUCGAGAAGUACUACACGCGCCUGGGCAAUGACUUCCACACCAACAAGCGCGUGUGCGAGGAAAUCGCCAUUAUCCCCAGCAAGAAGCUCCGAAACAAGAUAGCGGGCUAUGUUACGCAUCUGAUGAAGCGGAUUCAGAGAGGUCCCGUGAGAGGCAUCUCCAUCAAGCUGCAGGAGGAGGAGAGAGAGCGGAGGGAUAAUUACGUUCCCGAGGUCUCAGCCCUGGAUCAGGAGAUCAUUGAGGUUGACCCUGACACCAAGGAGAUGCUGAAGCUCCUCGACUUCGGCAGUCUGUCCAACCUGCAGGUCACUCAGCCUACAGUCGGGAUGAAUUUCAAAACACCACGUGGAGCUGUUUGAAUCUUUCUACUGUAAUAUUAUCAAUAAACCAUCGACAACUU